AUAAUACAAAUUUGGAAAUGUUUUGACAUGAGAAAUGUGGAAAAGAUCUGAACAAAUGGAAAUCCAAUGGUGCAACAUCAGAGUAAAGCCUUUUUUGUUGACAAUACCCUGCCAUGAUCGGAUUGUUCACAAUGAAGGUCUGCAUACACAGUUUGUCCUGGGUUCAGCACUUCAAAAUGAGCAGUGCUGGUAAUACUUAACCAAAUACACAAAAGAGCCUUUUGGGGUGUAAACCUGGCUUAGCUGUACUUCCUAGUGAUUCUUUUGGAGAUAGCCACUGCCUUUGAGGAAUGGGCAAUUCUGACUACAGGUCUGAACUGAAUUUUCCACCACAGUAAUUCCUUGCAGUUCUCAUUCCAUUCGAUCUUUGUUCCUGACGAUUGAAACGGGAUAGAGAAUAAUGAAGCAAAUAUGCAU